AGUGCGGCGUGGGACCCCACCAGGACUCGACUAGACGACUCGACUCAAAGAGUGCGGGCUUCGCCGGGCAGCGGCGCGAUCCUCUCUGGGUCACUGGACAGCGGACGGCAAAGCUCCACACAUCGUGCUCACAGUUCCCGGCGGUUGUGCGAGUUUCGCGUCAAGAUGGUGUCCGGGAGCGGCGCGCGCGACAGGGCGCCCUGCUGCGAAGCGAAGAGCCCCCAGAGCGCGGACGACGUGUUCAUCGCCGGCGACGUCAAGGACGCCGACAUGUCGGUCAAGCUGCAGAAGAUCAGCGCCGAGGGCCAUGUGGACCCCCUCAUCUACAAGGGGACGACGGAGGCGCUGGAGGCGGGCACGGGCAAGGGCGCGUCCCCGCCCGCGCACUGGCACGUCUUCUGGGCCGCGGGCGCCGCUAACCUGAUCGCGCUGGCCGCGGGCUGCGUGCUGUGCUGGACCUCACCGUCCAUCUCCAAGUUCUCGGGCCCCAACGCCACCUUCGAGCUGACGGACAGCGAGGCGGCGUGGGUGGGCAGCCUGACGCCCCUGGGCGCCGCGGUGGGGCCCAUCCCGGCCGGCAUCCUGGCCGACAAGCUGGGCCGCAAGCCCACCAUGCUGGGCGACUCGGUGCUGCUCUUCAUCUCCUGGGCCCUCAUCGCCUUCGCCAACUCGCCCGCCAUGCUGUACGCCGCCAGGUUCAUCGCCGGCCUCGCCACCGGCUGCAUCUUCGCCGUGCUGCCCAUGUACAUCGGGGAGAUCGCCGUGGACAGCGUGCGCUCCACGCUGGGGUCCAUGAUGCAGCUGUCGCUGACGGUGGGCUUCAUGGUGCCCUUCGCGCUGGGGCCCUACGUGUCCGUCACGUGGCUGGCCAUCGCGUCCGGCAUCGUGCCCGUGCUGUUCGCCGCGGCCUUCUUCUCCAUGCCCGAGUCGCCGAGCGUGCUGCUGAUGCGUGGCGACACCGUCGAGGCCUCGGACGCACUGCAGUGGCUGCGCGGCCAGGACCGCACCAGCAUCAUGCCCGAGCUGCGCAAGCUGGAGGACGAGGCGCAGGAGGCCAUGAAGAGGAAGAAGCCCCUUCUGCAGUCCUUCAUGCAGAUCUUCGCGACCCGCGGCAACAUCAAGGCCUUCGUCUUCGGCUGCGGCCUGCUGUUCUUCCAGCAGUUCUCCGGCAUCAACGCCGUGCUGUUCUACGCGCAGAGCAUCUUCAAGAAGACCGGCUCCAGCCUGGCGCCUGAAAUCUGCACCAUCAUCAUCGGCCUGGUGCAGAUCGUGGCCUCGGCCGGCACCCUCCUGCUGACGUCGCGCUUCAGCAUGAAGUUCCUCCUCAUCUUCUCCGGGCUGGGAAUGGCGGUCGCCCAUGCGCUGCUGGGCUACUUCUUCCACCUGCUCGUCACCGACCAGGACGUGUCCUCGGUGGGCGCGCUGCCCGUCGGCUCGCUCGUCUUCUACAUCAUCGUGUACUGCUUCGGCUUCGGCCCGCUGCCCUGGGCCGUGAUGGGCGAGGUGUUCGCCGCCGACGUGAAGGCCAUCUCGUCGUCCGUGUGCGCGUCCUUCUGCUGGCUGCUGGGCUUCCUCGUCACGCAGUUCUUCGGGCUGCUGCUCAACGUGCUGGGCGACGACAUCACCUUCUGGGGGCUGGGCGGCUGCUGCGUGCUCGCCUCCCUCUUCACCCUGCUGCUGCCCAACACCAGGGGCAAGUCCCUGCAGGAGAUCCAAGAGAUGCUGAACCGCUGAGGGCCGCCGCGUGGUCGCCGCUAGGCCGACGCGUGGCCGCCAGAAGACUGCCCCACGGCUACGCCUUGCCGAGUGGCUGCCAAUCGGUUGCCCUGUCAAAGGCGAUCUGCUCAAGAACGGGUUGCUGCCGCAUCACGCAGCAACUCAAGACUCACGACGCCAUCCCGCGCAGCGACGCCAUCUUACUCCCCUUGGCUUUGGCGCGCUGCGCGAAAGACAUUUCCGAGUGGCGGCUGUGACUGGCGGGAGCCCACUGCCACUACAGUGUGCCCCGCCAUGGAGCCACCAAAGUGAGACGAGACGGGCGUUGUCGCAUUUAUUGGUCCGAUCCUGCGCGUCCUCGCCAGUCGUGACCGUGACUCUUUCUGUGAUUGCUAAGCUUCGACGAUUCCAGUGUGCAGCUAGUCAUUCGCGGCGUCGCCCUCCACGCCCUCGGAGGCCGAGCCGCGCGCAGUGUAGCUGCAGGCCCACGACGGGCCGAGCGGAGUGAAACGCUAACAGUAUUAUGCCCCAAUAUAUUCUUGUAUUAUUUUAUUUUCUCACGUGACCCGGUGCCGCAUAGAGCGCCGAAAUAAUGUAAGCUGUGAAUUGUGUCUAGCAAGUAAAGAUGGUGUUCAUCUCCUGA